AAUAUUUAUAUUUUGUAAUUGCAGAUGAAAAUCGCCAUCGUUCUCUUCGCCCUCGUCGGCAUGAGCCUCGCCGCUCCAUCCACCUUCACCCUCCAAGAGGAUCUGAAGGAAAUCAAGGACCUCUUCCCCUUGGCCGAGAUGCGCGUCAUCGCCAAGAAGUACUUGGCCACCGAUGAGGAAUUCCAACUGAUCGUCUCUUACUUGCAAGGAAAAGAAUGGGCCAAGCUCGUCGCCGCCGUCAGGGAGCACAAAAGCUGGGUUAGCUUCAAGGACUACUUGAACGAAGCCGGUCUCGAUGUUGAAGCCAUCAUCGCUUUCAUCCACGACUUGAUCGCCAACGCCAGCCCUGAUACCGCCGCAGACAAGCCAUCCGCUUUCGGAAUCCGUCAAUUCUUGGACGAAAUCAUCGCCAUCAUCCCCAAGGACGAGAUCCUCGCCGUCGUCGCCGACAAAAUGGAAAACUCCGCCGACUUCCAAGCUUUCUACGCCAAGAUCUCCAGCCCAAAGGCCAAGGAUCUCUUCGAAGAAGUUAGGGCCAUGAAGGAAGUUCAGCGCAUCGCUGGUCUCUUGAAGAUCAUGGGUGUCGAUGUCCAGAAGAUCGUCGACUUCGUCUACAAAUUCUUGGGAUGGAACUAAAUUUAUAACUGUUUAAUUUCUAUACUUUUCAAAUAAAUACUA